GUAUCCUGCCUACCUACACUACUUUUUACUCGUCUCUCCCAUCCACCGUUGGAGGUUGAAUUAGUGUUGUCUCAGUCGGGGGUUUAAACUUUCUUGUUCCCUUUCGCAAAAGUCUGACCAGGUUAUGCCCACCCUCCCGUUGCUGACCGGGUUAGACGCUGAACCACAUGCACGUGGCAAACCUCAUUGACUUAUUCAUCGUUUUUUGCUGGCUGGGAGGUGUCGCGAAUCGUCGUCUUUCGUGAUACAGGGUCUCCCAUGCCUGUGUUUCGACAGGUCGGUCACAUCGUCAUCAGCUGGUGAUGUGUGUGCGUGUAGAGUGUAACUCUCGUAAGUAUACUUUAGGUAGACCAGCCCGAACAGGAGCUGUCGCCGUCGUCAGGCUAUGCCGGUUCACUGGGUGGCCGGGCUGGCUGGCCACAUGAAGCAGAGUUCUGCUGGCGCGUCCUUUACCUCCCGUCAUCACAUCACAUCUCUCGGCCUGUCUGUCUUGUCUCGCUCGUCUCUCUGCCCUCGUGAUGAGCUGUCGUCUGCAAGUCAUCAACCCUGUCUGCCUGUCGCCGCCUGUCGUCGCCUCGACGCCUCCUGCGCCCUUUGCCCUCGUGUCCGACUUCUCCGGCGCUUGGCUUGCUCCUGUUCUCCCACCGCUCGGGAGACUUUCUCAUGGACAGUCAUGGCCCCAAACCUUGUUUUUGACAUUGCAUUGACUCUUCUGCUGGUGGAAGAAGCCAAAAGGAGCGGUAAACGACUUUGUAGCCAAGAAUUUCUUGUUUUU